CGCCGUCAGCGCCCCUCCCUCUCCAUCCCCAUUCCUCAUCGAGUCUGGGCCUCGUCCUCUUCUCUCUGUCUCCUUAUCCUCACCCAUCACUUCCCCCGACACCAGCACCCCAUUAUUCCAGUACCCCUGGUAUCAGCUUUGGUUUCCAGCCCGGUCCGCCCAAGGAUUCGCCUGAAGGCCGCCCCCAACUCUGCAUCCGCCCCCCCGGGGGCCACCGAGGACCAUGACUAAGACAGAUCCUGCCGCUAUGGCCCCACCGCCCAGGGGGGAGGAGGAAGAAGAGGAGGAAGAGGAUGAGCCUGUUCCCGAGGUCCCCAGCCCCACCCAGGAGCGCCGGCAGAAGCCUGUUGUGCACCCCUCAGCACCUGCCCCUCUCCCAAAGGACUACGCCUUCACUUUCUUCGACCCCAAUGACCCGGCGUGCCAGGAGAUUCUGUUUGACCCGCAGACCACCAUCCCUGAGCUGUUCGCCAUUGUGCGCCAGUGGGUCCCCCAAGUUCAACACAAGAUUGACGUCAUUGGCAAUGAGAUUCUGCGUCGAGGCUGCCAUGUAAACGAUCGUGAUGGACUGACUGACAUGACACUGCUCCAUUAUGCGUGCAAGGCUGGGGCCCACGGAGUUGGGGACCCCGCGGCGGCCGUGCGCCUCUCGCAGCAGCUGCUGGUGCUAGGCGCAGACGUGACCCUGCGCAGCCGCUGGACCAACAUGAACGCACUGCACUACGCGGCCUAUUUUGAUGUGCCGGACCUCGUCCGUGUGCUGCUGAAGAGCUCACGGCCGCGAGUGGUGAAUUCCACGUGCAGUGACUUCAACCAUGGCUCAGCCCUGCACAUUGCUGCCUCCAACCUGUGCCUGGGUGCGGCCAAAUGUUUGCUGGAGCACGGUGCCAACCCUGCGCUUCGGAACCGAAAGGGACAGGUGCCAGCAGAGGUGGUCCCAGACCCCAUGGACAUGUCCUUGGACAAGGCAGAGGCGGCGCUGGUGGCCAAGGAGCUACGAACGCUGCUGGAGGAAGCUGUGCCACUCUCCUGCUCCCUGCCCAAGGUCACACUACCCAACUAUGACAACGUCCCAGGCAAUCUCAUGCUCAGCUCACUGGGCCUGCGCCUGGGAGACCGUGUGCUGCUGGAUGGCCAGAAGACAGGCACACUGCGGUUCUGCGGGACCACAGAGUUCGCCAGCGGCCAGUGGGUGGGCGUGGAGCUGGACGAACCUGAGGGCAAGAAUGAUGGAAGUGUUGGGGGUGUCCGGUACUUCAUCUGCCCUCCCAAACAGGGUCUCUUUGCCUCUGUGUCCAAGAUCUCCAAGGCAGUCGAUGCACCCCCUUCAUCUGUCACCUCCACACCUCGGACUCCCCGGAUGGACUUCUCCCGUGUCACAGGCAAAGGCCGCAGGGAACACAGAGGCAAGAAGAAGCCCCCAUCAUCCCCGUCUCUGGGCAGCCUGCAGCAGCGUGAGGGAGCCAAGGCUGAGGUUGGAGACCAAGUCCUUGUAGCAGGCCAGAAGCAAGGGGUUGUGCGCUUCUAUGGGAAGACAGACUUUGCUCCAGGUUACUGGUAUGGCAUUGAGCUAGACCAGCCCACAGGCAAGCACGAUGGCUCUGUCUUCGGUGUCCGCUACUUCACCUGCCCCCCAAAGCAUGGAGUCUUUGCACCAGCAUCCCGAAUUCAGAGGAUUGGUGGAUCCACUGACCCCCCUGGGGAUAAUGUUGGAGCCAAAAAAGUACAUCAAGUGACAAUGACGCAGCCCAAACGCACCUUCACGACAGUCCGGACCCCAAAGGACAUCGCAUCAGAGAACUCAAUCUCCAGAUUGCUCUUCUGCUGCUGGUUUCCCUGGAUGCUGAGGGCGGAGAUGCAGUCUUAGAGGCCAUGGACACCCGACAGAGUCACAGCCCCCUCUAGCAUCUCCUAACACAAGGAGCCCCCAAGUCACCCUGAGAUAGAUAUUCCCAGUAACACAUCCAGAAUAGACCUUCCCAUUAGCCAGUCCUCGAUCACUGAGGCCCCAUUAUUAACAGAUUCCCCCAUGAAAACCCCCCAAAUACAGACCCCAUGUUACCCAGAAAGAUUCCCUGAGUGUAGCACCUUCAGGCUAGUCCCUAUCCUCAACCCCUCGGAGCAGAGCCCCCAUUAACAGAUUUCCACAUCACCCCAAAUGAAGGUGACCGCCACAUAAUGCUACAUAGCAGAACAUUCCUGAGUCACUCAUCACUGGAUAAGAACUCUCCCAUCAAGUCCCCUUGAAAUAAACAGAUCACACCUCCAGAGCAACAAUUACAGACCUUUAUGUCACGAUCCCACAUUUAACAUCAGUCCCCUCAAGAUGUGAUCCCCAAUGGUCACCCCAAAACCCUUAUACUACAAUCAGAGACCCCCCUCCAUUAACAAAGACCCCUGUUCUAAGCCUCCAAGAAAAGACUUGCAUUAACCAGCCCACUGUCACCUCCAAUUUACAGACACCAAAACAGUCCUGGAAGUGCUAAUUACAGGACCCCCAAGACUUCUUACCCUCUGCACCCUCAACAAACCCCCAGUGCCUUGUAUGAAGCCCACCCCACACGGCCCACAGCCCCUGUGCUGGCCAGGUUCCCAGAAAAUUGUCUAUUUUUUAAGUAAUGACUUCCCCCUUUGGGGGACCCCAAAAUUUGGAGCCCCCAUUCUGAGACUGGGGAAUCCCAAAUCCCAGGGUACACGUCCCAAGCUCCCCUGUGCCCCCAAGUCCUACAGCCCCCCUAGAAGACCCCAAGGCCCUGAUUCCCAGGACCCCCAAAACCAUGGAAUCCCCAAAUCCCCAGGGAAUCCCAAAUUUAAAAAUCCAAUCCCCAGUCCCCAGGAAACCCGUCCUGGCGGUCCUUGUGCCUGGGAUGGAGGAGACUGCGGUCAGGACAUGCAUCCCGGGCUCCCACAGCACCUCAAGCCCUAUUCAUAGGCACCAGUAGACCCCAAACAGUAAUGCUCAUCCCUGAAAACUGGAGGACCUCAAUGCCCUGAGUCAUUGAUCUCAAGACACCCAAAUUCCAAGAGCCCCAGCCCCAAGGGAACCCCAAAUCCUAAAACCUCCAUUUCUAAUACAUGAAGAACCCCCCCCCAAGGCCUUGAGGGGAAUCCCAAGUCCUGGAGCCCCCAUUUCAAUCUAUGUUCUGGUCACAGGUCCAAAACACCAAAUCUGAGUCACAGGCCCCAAAGGACCUCACCCAAGCCAGACCAACAGUCCGAGGGAGACCCUGAAGUUCCCAGGAGUCCAGGGCGGACCUGGGGCCCUGACUACCAAGGACAGCUCACGACUGCCCCCUCACUGCAUGUCCCUGAACUCAGCAUGACCCUUGCUCCCUUCAAUAAAGACGUUUCUAUGGCU